GUCCGAAAGUACUUCUACUACGCCGGCUCCUCCGACACCAUAUAUGCUUCCAGCAGCUCCCAUUCUGCCAUAAUUUCGCUGGGAACGUUAUUUGGUUUUAUAGUGGGUUGAUAGCAGUAAUACCUUCUGCGCUCGAGCAGCUUCAAGCCACUCCUACCAGGAGCAUACCAUAGAGCUCUUGUUGAUCCCCACUCAAUCCUUUUAGCUACACAAUCUGGAGUGGUUCUGGGCCAAAAAGUCACAGUCUUCCGAGAAGGUGGAAGAUCCGGUGAGUCGGAAGAUGUCACAGCAGUCGUCAACGGUAGCUCCGGAGUUGAGCCCCCAAUUUUGCUUCAAUGAGAGAGUACUGAGAGAUUUCCUGCGCCUCUCGCGAUCAGCGAUUGAUGACUCGAUCACACAGAACCUCAAUGCGUUGAUAACACCAGCCCGGGUCGGCUUCGACCCUUCCUCUACUGCCGUGCGCCAAACAGGCAAAAAGACUAUAGAUCCCGCAGCUUGUCAAUCGUUCAAAGACAACGUGUUAUUCCCUUCGUGGCAGACAAGAUCAGAUGUUCUAAACUAUUGCGCCGGUGUGGCUACGAGUCCUGAUCCUGAAGAUCCCGAUCUCAUUCUGCGAGAGACGGAGUCCGCGAAGGAUCGCGAACGGGUGGUGGACGAGCGAUUAGACCCGUACUCGGCUCGAUUCUUCCCCAAAGAAGCGCGCACGGAGUCCCUGGCAUACUUAAUCCGGAACGAACGAAGCGUUGAACAGAUCAUUCGCGCUCGCACCUGGGGUCUAGUAACAGAGAGGUGCGGCGACCCUUCGGGCGAUUGGGAGGAAGCAUUGAAUCGAUGGCGGGAAAACAAGGGACAACGAUCCUCGUGAAGCCACGUGGAAUAGGGUGGUACACGAGUAUCUCGUCUCUAAAGCAUGGUCCUAUGGUAUAAGGUCAAGUCUCGGCUCUAUGGCGCAAUGGUUCAGGCGAGAUGGGAAAUGAUUGCAUUUUCAUAGCAUUCCGAAAAAGCAUUUUGUAUAUAUAAUGUGUCUCUAUGAUUCAGAUAGAGAAUAGACAUAGUACAGAACAUAGCAGUCGAUCCAAGAUCAGGGAGUGGUUGAAGAUCCGGCAUCGGAGAUCCGAUGAAUGAUGAGCUUGCUCGCUCCCAACAAAACAGAGCAGCAGGACAUAAGAUAAAUUGAAAGCAGGCAGUCCUUGGAAUAUAUAUAGAGCG